GCUGAGGUUAAGGCGUGUGCAGUGUGCAGUGCCAUCGUGUAUGCUGAUGCGUAUACUGUCAUUUCGUUGAGGAUUCAGUAUUUGAUCAGAAGGCUGAGGAGGCGGGGCAGUGCGUGGGCAUGGCGGAGGCUGGGGGCAGCGGGGAGGGUGAGCGCUGUAGCCUGCUUACCUGUGAGCAGGUGAGGCGUCUGCAGCAGGUGCUGACGGAGGAGGUGCCGGUGCACGGGAGGGGGAACUUCCCCACGCUGGGGGUGUGUCUGCAGGCCGUGGUGUGCGCGGUGCGGGCGGGGCUCCAGCGGCGGGGCGUCGGGGUGAAGGACGUCCGGCUGAACGGGUCCACCGCCAGCCACGUCCUGGUGGAGGACCCGGCCUGGAGCUACAAGGACCUGGACCUGAUCUUCCGCCUGGACCUGCCCCAAGACGCGGGCUUCCAGACCCACGAGGUGGGGUUUGGGCAUCAGGAGGCGGGCUUCCAACCUCAGGAGGCGGGGCUUCAUCAUCAGGAGGCGGAGUUUGGGCAUCAGGAGGCGGGCUUCCAGCCUCAGGAGGCUGGGUUUCAUCAUCAGGAGGCGGGUUUUCAUCAUCAGGAGGCGGGGUUCUUGCCCCAGGAGGCGGGGUUUGGUGGUCAGGAGGCGGGGUUCUUGCCCCAGGAGGCGGGGUUUGGUGGUCAGGAGGCGGGGUUUGAGCGGGUGCGGGAGGCGGUGCUGAGCGCGCUCCUGGACUUCCUGCCCAGCGGCGUGAGCCGGGACAAGAUGUCCGCCGUCACGCUGACGGAGGCGUACGUGCAGAAGCUGGUGAAGGUUUCCACGGAGACGGACCGCUGGAGCCUCAUCUCCCUGCGCAACCGCGCCGGCCGCAACGUGGAGCUGAAGUUCGUGGAGCGGAUCCGGCGGCAGUUCGAGUUCAGCGUCGACUCCUUCCAGAUCGUGCUGGACCCCGUGCUGGACCCCGUGCUGGAGCGGGGCCCCGGGGCCGCGCCCGCCGUGGUGGUGGAGAGCGUGUACGGCGACUUCGCCGAGGCGCUGGAGCACCUGCGGGGCCGGCUGAUCGUCACGCGGCGGCCGGAGCAGAUCCGCGGCGGCGGGCUGCUGAAGUUCUGCCGGCUGCUGACCCGCGGGUUCCGCCCGGCCCGGCCGGCCGAGACGCGGGCCCUGCAGCGCUACAUGACCUCGCGCUUCUUCAUCGACUUCCCCCGCCUGCCGCAGCAGCGCCGCCAGCUGCACGCCUACCUCAGCGGCCGCUUCGCCGGCGAGGAGUCGCACAGGUACGCCUACCUGAGCGUGCUGCGGCACGUGGUGGCCCAGAGCACCGUGUGCCUGAUGGGUCACGAGAGGAGGCAGGUCCUGCGGCUCAUCUCCCUCAUGGCGCUGCACGCCCUCGCCGAGCAGAGCCACGUGCCCGACGCGUCCAGCGUCACCUGCUACUACCAGCCCGCCCCCUACGCCCAGGACGCCCGCUUCUGCCCUUACUACUGCGGCCAGACCCCAGCGUGGCAGCCCUGCAGCUGACAGACCUUCCCAACAUGGCCGCCGUCCUGCUGACAGACCUUCCCAACAUGGCCGCUGUGCAGCUGACAGACCUUCCCAACAUGGCCGCCGUGCAGCUGACAGACCUUCCCAACAUGGCCGCCGUGCAGCUGACAGACCUUCCUAGCAUGGCCGCCCUGAGAGACUGAUCUGAGACUGAGUGACCCUCUCAAUAUUGGUGCCCUGUGACUGUAGAGUGACAGGAACUGACUUAAUAAAACUGCCCAGAGCUAC